UCCUAACCCCCCAUCCCAGCUCCCCUAUCACCACCACGGCCCCCUCCCUCCAGCCCCCCAACUUCCACACGGCCCCUUCCUAAGUCACCCAUUGGAGAUCUCUGCCCACAGACAGCGAGCACCCAGCCCUCUCCUGACCCCCUGCUAGCUCCCCCGCUGCAGCCCCCGGGGCUCCCCGGCCCCGCCCCAGGCCCGGCCUCAGGGCGGCUUCUCGGUGCGUCCCCAGCUCCCGCCUGGUCGGUCGGUCCUGGGCCGGCGGCCCCCGCCAGCCGCCGCCGCCGGCCCCGCCCCCGGGCACCAUGCUGCCCUCGCAGGAGGCCUCCAAGCUCUACCACGAGCACUACAUGCGGAAUUCGCGGGCCAUCGGCGUGCUGUGGGCCAUCUUCACCAUCUGCUUCGCCAUCAUCAACGUGGUGGUCUUCAUCCAGCCCUACUGGGUGGGCGACAGCGUGAGCACCCCCAAGCCCGGCUACUUCGGCCUCUUCCACUACUGCGUGGGCAGCGGGCUGACGGGCCGCGAGCUCACCUGCCGCGGCUCCUUCACGGACUUCAGCACCAUCCCGUCCGGCGCCUUCAAGGCGGCCGCCUUCUUCGUGCUGCUCUCCAUGGUGCUGAUCCUCGGCUGCAUCACCUGCUUCUCGCUCUUCUUCUUCUGCAACACCGCCACGGUCUACAAGAUCUGUGCCUGGAUGCAGCUUCUGGCAGCUCUGUGCCUCGUGCUGGGCUGCAUGAUCUUCCCCGACGGCUGGGACGCCGAGACCAUCCGGGACAUGUGCGGGGCCAAGACCGGCAAGUACUCGCUGGGGGACUGCUCGGUGCGCUGGGCGUACAUCCUGGCCAUCAUCGGCAUCCUCAAUGCCCUCAUCCUCUCCUUCCUCGCCUUCGUGCUGGGCAACCGGCAAACCGACUUGCUUCUGGAGGAGCUCAAGCCCGACAACAAAGAUUUCGUGAGCUCUACAGUAAGCUCUGUGUUGCGGCCAGGGGGUGAUGUCUCCAGCUGGGGAGUCCUCCCCUGCCCCGUCGCUCACUCACAGGGACCCUGAAGGCCAGGAUCACAGCCCAGGAACUGACCUGCCCUCAGUGUGUCCCGUCUCUUGCCCUCUCAUCCUCCAGUCAAGGUCUGAGGGAAGACCCCAAUCUCAGACUGACGUCUCGUCUGCUACCCGCCUGCCAGCUCCAGACUUUGAAGAGAGGUGGAGGCUGGGUGCAGCCUGGGGGAGGGGAGAGGCCCUGCAGACCCUGGGAGGGUCUGGCUCUGCCCCUCCCUCCACCGACCUAAGGGAGCCGGACAUCCCUCGGGAGCUUCUCCUCUCCUCUCCCACCUGGCCUGGGGCCCCGCCGUCUCUUGGGGGAAGGAGGCACUCGAUCUGGGAGCUACUGCCUGGUCACAUCCUUGCCACCUCUGGUCCCUGCCUCCUGUAGAAACUUAUUCAAGACACUGCCCCAGGGCAACCAAACUCUUUCCCUUUUUGGCCAUGAUGGUUCCAUCACACCUUUGCAGAGCUCCAGGCGUCACCAGCCUGCUCCCAGCUCUCCUGAAGGAGUCUGAGCUGCACCGAGGGAGAAAGCACAGGGCCUCCCUGUCUCCUGGCGCCCUGUCCGGCCCCGCGUCUGAGAAAAGACACACGGCCCCAGAAGGGAGGGCAGGAGAUGCCGGGACUCCGGGCAGCCAGGGCCGGGAGUGGCUGUGCCCGGGGUGGGUCUGGCUUCGCUGCUGGGACGUCCUGCCGCUGACUGGACCCUCAGCCCCAGCUCGUUUUGUACAGCACAGACCCUUUGCCCUGUUGUUAGGGUUGGAGGUUGGGGAGGGGCCUACCUGUGGGGCAUCGGGGGAGGUAUCACCCCCCUGCCCCUUCUUGUGCUGCCUGACCCUGGCGUUUGCUAAGGGCAGGGACUGUCUUGCCUCUUUGAUACUUUUCUGCAUAACUUGAACUUGCAGGUCACCUCUGAACAGGGUACCCCCUGUCCCCAUCCCCAGGCCUUGUAACCCUGCCCCCACCUCUUUUCCUCUUGGCCCACCUCUCGCCUUGCGAUAUGCCCAGGGUCUGCCACCCGAUGGGCAGUGCUUGGAGCCGAGGCGUGAGUGUAUGAGUGUGUGAGUGUGUGUGUGUGUGUGUGUGUGUGUAAGUGUGUGGAGGGGGCAGAUGAGGCGUCCUCUCUCGCCCCUCCUCCCAUGGGGGCAUCUCCCUCCUGCUUGGCGAGAAGCAACUGAGGGAGAUUUCAGGUGUUUCUGGACUUCCCUCUGCCUCAUGGGCCUGGCCGGGGGCCGCCUGGCGGGGGGCCGCCUGGCCGGGGCGAGGCAGCCCCUUUCGGCCGAGUCCGGGCGGCAUGUGGGCUUUCUCCAGCGUGCCUGCUUCUGGCUGCAGGGCCCCCUGGAGAGGAGCCUGCGGCCCCACCAUUCUGUCCUGUUGGCUCAGCCAAAGGAGGGGAGAAAAGCAUUAGUGCCAUGUAUUUGCCAACCUGUGUUCAUUUCCAUUGGAGUGGGACCUGAGAGGGAGGGUUUCCGAGACAGACUCGAGGAAUCCCCUGUCCGAGUCCCCCAUCUGGACCCAACCCGGAUCGGAUGCUGGAUCCUGGUAGGAUUCCUCAAACCCGGAGCUCCCCAGGUCCUGACUCUCCCUCCUCCCUGGGCAAACACCUUCCCGCAGUGCUCUGCCCAGCACCGUGCCCCUCUCUUCUGCUCCUGCCAAACCCUGCACUGCAGCCCCCACUGGCACCUUCCUCAGCAGGCUGCCUGCAGGUGGGGCUGGGCACCAGGGUCCCAGGUGGAAGGGAAGGGAGAGGAGAGCCUUGUGGGAGGGGAGGGAGAGAGUGGGGGAGGGGGGCAGAUCCAAACCAAAACCCAGUGUUGGAAGGCUGCAGAGAGAGAGUCCGGAUCAAGUGGUUAGGAAUGGGGAGAAGACAGAGGUGGGAGAAA